UGCCGCUAGGGAAUACGACGCACUCACUCUCACUGUAGCGCAGGUGCUGGAGUACAGUGCCACAAGGCAAUCGGAUUUCGGUAUAAAGCAGGAGGUCCCGGGUUUUGGGUCGGCUCGCUGCAUUCAUUGCCUUGUGUCAUAUAUAUUCCAUAUUACCGAUACGGGUGCUUUAUAUUCUUCCUUUCAGCUGGCAAGCUAUUACCGCAGCUUGUGAUAUACAUAGCAUCGAGGGAGAAAGAGAGAGGGAAAAGGAAAAGCACAAAGGAACGCACCCAAGUACAUCGAGCAUCACCGACAACUUCAACUUCACCGCACAUGUCCGCCCAUACUGCCUUUCCCCGCGAAGAUGAAAUCACAAAACGCGGCUACUCGACCUGGUUUGCAAAUCAGACUGUCUUCCUGACGGGCUCCACGGGAUCCCUGGGUGGUUGUCUACUAUACAAACUGGCUGUCCAGCUCCCAACACGCAAGAUCUUCCUUCUAAUCCGGGGCUCUCCGCAGCGAGCCAUCGACAAGUGGAUGCAAAGUAUGCCGGACCAGACGCAGGCCAUUCUCAACACGAAAAGAAUCCAUUUCAUCAUUGGAGAUAUAUCAAAGCCGGGUCUAGGGAUCAGCACUGCCGACCUGCAAACCCUGUGCGAGGAAGUCACUUUAGUCAUUCACGCGGCAGCCAAUAUUGUUCUGGAUGCAGACAUCCGCGACUCCAUGCGCAAUAACUGCCUGCCUUGUCUGGAACUGGCCAGGACGGUGCUUCGUUUUCGCAAGAUGAAGCUGCUCGUCCAGAUCUCCACAGCCUAUGUAAAUAGUUUCUUGCCAGACGGCCACGUCAAUGAGAAGCUGUAUGAUAUUUCGGAUAACAGCGAGGAUCCCGAGGAAGAACUCGCCGGUAUCAUGGCUGGGAAUCCUUCGCCGUAUGCGUCCCGGUUUGCCUCACCAUACGCCUAUGCGAAGCAUCUAAUGGAGCGCUUGCUGAUGAAGCGGUACCCGCUUCUCCCCUUGUUGCUGGUCAGACCAACCAUCUUUGGACCCGCCGUGAGAGACCCGUACCCGUUGUAUGGGCCCGAGAACUCGACCCCGCUGAACAAGUUUGCGCAAUUCUUCCUCGCCGAUAAUGGAGCAAAGCAGAUCUGGCAUGCUACAGAGGGAUACAAGACCGGUGCGAAUGUCUUGGAUGAGACGCCGGUGGAUUUUGUGGCGAAUGCUUGUCUGCUGCAUGCUGCGGCCCGAACAACGGGAAUCGUCCAUGUUGGCGCUGAACUGUUCAUAAGGCGCACCUUUGACGAGUUCAUUAGUAUGACGUAUGCCUCUGCCCCUCCAGAAUUUCGCAAGGACAUGCCCACUAUCAUCUUCACAGAGGAUCGGAGCGUGUCGCAGUGCUUUCUUGCUGAGCUGGUCAAGGUCAGUACACGCAACUGGUUGUUCGACUGCAGUCGGUCACACUGGUUGAAACAGGUAGCCGGGCCAUUGAGCUUAGAUACAUGUCGACCAGAGGUCGAAAAAUUGGCGUCUAUUCGAAUGCAGCAGAUUUUCAGUCGGAAUAAGCAAGGACGAGCGAAGCUGUAAUGUUUUAUACUAUGCUGGAGCGUGACGGAGGUCCCUUUCUGUCGGAUAAUUCUGCUGGUUCUGUUUGUCUUUAUUAUUGUUGAUUUGCCAUUCAUGUUGCCAUUGGGAAGAUUCCUAUUGACAGACAGCACCUGCUGUUGGCAUGAAUAUUUGGUUGUAUUUAGAUGGUUUAGCAGUUCUCGUCCAUUCCCGCAUCAAAGCAGUUAAUGAUAUUUUAAGUCGACCAGAG